AUGCGUCGUUCAUCUCGUCUCAUCUGCGGCUUCCUGCUCCUCUCCGUUCUUCUGCUGUUUUGGCCCGCUCAGAGUCACCACGCCCCCUCAUUCGUCGCAGAUGCGUCGCCCGGCAGCAAACCAGGCGGCAUUCUCCUAGUCACAGCCCACCCCGACGACGAAUGCAUGUUCUUCGCCCCCACGCUCCUGGCGCUCCUCCAGGACCCGCGCUACGCCCCGCACGUCCACUCGCUGUGCCUGUCGACCGGGGAUGCGGACGGCCUGGGAGACACGCGCGUGCUGGAGCUGGAGAGGAGUCUCGACGUGCUGGGAGUGGUGAAGGGGAACAGGAAGAUCGUGAAUCACCCUGCGCUAAGGGAUAAUAUCACAACGGAGUGGGACGCGGCUGUCAUCGGCGACUUUGUCUGGCAGUACAUCACCGAGCAUAACAUCGAAGCAAUAUUGACGUUCGAUAGUGGAGGUGUAUCAGGGCACCCGAACCACAAGUCCAUACCGCAGGCCAUCGCAGCACUCGCGGCAGAAAUGGAGGCACCGCUCGCUUCUGACCCAUCUUCCACCUACCCGCGCGUAUUUACUCUCGUCUCCGAACCGCUCUUCAAGAAAUACACAGGACCCCUGGGUGCUGUUCUCGUCCCGCUCACGCGUUCGAAGGACCCGCUGGUGUUCACCUCCAGCGUGAAGCAAUACCGACAGGCUCUCGCUGCAAUGCAGGCGCACGAAAGUCAACUUGUCUGGUUCCGUUGGCUCUAUGUCCACUUUUCUCGCUAUAUGUGGGUUAACGAGUGGAAGAGACUGCCUAUACCCUCGCCGCACAAUCUCGGUAAACGAGGCGGUGGCUGCACUGGCGAACUAUGA